AUAUAGAAGCGCCUAAAUUUUCGUUGGCCAGUGACGUAAACACUCAAUUUAAAAUAUUGCAUUAACUAGGAUUGAGUAUUGAAAUAUAAAGCGGCGAGGAUAAAGAUUCAAAAUAACGCCAAAAUUUUCAGUAUAUAGACGCCGACAGCAAACGACCGUCUCAUAUUUGUGAAAAACGAUAUGAUAAUGGCGACGCCCAGCGUCGCUUUUGACAGCGCGCCGCUCUAUUGAUCUCUUUUCUAUUUUUCGUAAACAACCGUUUUCCAGCUUAGUAGAUUAUUGAAACAUAAUGAAACGCCAAAGCGUUAGAACGUUAUCCUUAGUCGUGUGCACAUUUACCUAUCUACUAAUCGGCGCGGCCGUUUUCGAUUCCCUGGAAUCCGACGAAGAGUUAAGGAGGGAUGAGAUGCUGAAGGGUUUUCAGAUACAUCGAAUGCAAUCAAAAGGAAAUACAAUAUAUCGGACGACGACUACAGAAUGAUAGAAUUGGUUAUAAUAGAAUAUAAGCCACAUAAGGCGGGGCCGCAAUGGAAAUUUGCUGGUUCGUUUUACUUUGCGACGGUAGUUUUGGCUAUGAUCGGCUAUGGUCACUCCACACCGGUCACGGCAGGUGGAAAAGCCUUUUGCAUGGGCUACGCAAUGGUGGGUAUACCACUAGGUUUAGUAAUGUUCCAAAGUAUUGGUGAGCGUUUGAAUAAAUUCGCUUCGGUAGUUAUUAAGCAAAUGAAAAAAUAUUUGCACUGCAAGCGCGUAGAAGCAACCGAAAUGAAUUUAAUGUUAGCAACUGGCAUCUUAUCAUCAAUAAUCAUUACUACUGGCGCAGCAGUAUUUUCGCGCUACGAAGGCUGGACGUACUUUGACAGUUUUUAUUAUUGCUUCGUUACCCUGACCACCAUCGGCUUUGGAGAUUACGUUGCGUUACAGAACGAUAAUGCAUUGCAAACUAAGCCUGGUUACGUAGCGUUAAGCUUAAUUUUCAUUCUUUUCGGAUUAGCAGUAGUGGCAGCUAGCAUUAACCUUCUCGUUUUACGAUUUAUGACAAUGAACGCUGAAGAUAUUCGCCGAGACGAUGCCGAACUACAACCAUCAUCUCAGGAGGUGUUGACGUUGGAGGGCGAAGUAAACGGUAGACUUUUGGCGGGUCAUGCUCUAAUUGGAGACGAUGAUAUUGACCAAACGUCAGUGUGUUCUUGUAACUGUUUAGGAGCCAAUCAUACAGAUAAUCAUGAAACUCUACUAGAGAACUGUUACCGUCCAUCACAUAUUAUCCUUUCCGCUAACUUAAAAGUUAAAAGAGCAUCCGUGUGACAUUCGCUUCAUUAUAAAUUUAGUCUUCCAUGAACGCGCUAUCAAAUACCUAGUUUUUUUUAGUCUCAGACCGCAGAAAUCGAAACCAUUAAAAUUAAAAAAUGAUAUAGAUUAUUAAGACAGAUACGAAUAACUUUGUAAUAAACAUUUUGUACUUUUACAGGUCAUUUUUAUACUCACUGUAAUGUAUUGAAUAUAAUCUUUACAAAUCACUAGGAAUAGAUUGUCGAACGUGGUUAGAAUUUGUUACUUUACGUAAUUGAGAUACAAUUGCAAGUAGAACAGAAAUUCUAAACUAUACUAGGUACUUCCAAUUUUGCCAUAACACACACACACACCUCUCCCACAUACAAACACUCCAAGUUAACAUUGCUGUAGUGAUCCAUUCUUUUUUUAGACGACAAAUUGUUUACAAAACCUUUCCAAAUAUUGGGAUGUACCCUUCAACACGAAUAUUUGAAUUUCGGUCAUGAUAAUUAACGAGAACACUUGACUGGCAAUGUUGUAUAAGUAUCUAAUGGCCGUUUGUACCGACAAAUUUAAGCACUAGCUUAGCUUAAGCGUAGCUUAAAAUCCAUGGGAACGAUUAUUGAGACAA